GAGAACUUGAAAGAUGUAAAACAAGAAGCAAAAACUCUCCAUAAAACCAAAAGCCUAUGAACAAACCAAAUACCGCCAUCAAUAUAGACUUACUCAUUCACUCCAUUUAUAGUCGCCGUCUUCGAUGCCUCCGCCACCGCUUCUAUCCUGCCAUUAAACGGCGCCGCCGCCGCCGCAUCAGCACCAUCUUUAUCAUUAUUAUCCAAAUGUCCCUCUCUCAGUACUCAACUCACUUGAACAACUCCUCUGGCUCUGCUGCUAGUAGCAGCAGCACUAGCUUGUCUUGCGGUGAGGACGCCGGCGAAGUGGUAACUUGGGAACCUGACACGUCUAUCCUCCAUCAAUUUCCAUCUCUACACAAUUAUCCACCGUCCGAUGUGAAUUCCAUUUCAGAACUCGUCGACUUGGAACCCCAUCAUAUGCCUUUUCCCGAUUAUCUCCACCGUUGCCAGGACCGUUCCAUCGACGUCACCGCCCGUCAAGACUCCAUCAAUUGGAUCCUAAAGGUGCAUGCAUACUAUCAUUUUAGCCCAGUAACGGCGUUUCUCUCUGUCAACUACUUUGACCGUUUCCUCUCUUCUCAUUCUCUUCCGCAAGCAAAUGGGUGGCCGUUCCAGCUUCUGUCUGUGGCUUGUUUAUCUUUGGCGGCGAAGAUGGAGGAACCCCAAGUCCCAUUGUUGCUGGACCUUCAGGUUUUCGAACCCAGAUUCGUAUUCGAACCUAAAACCAUCCAAAGAAUGGAGCUUCGUGUAAUGGCUACUCUCAAUUGGAGACUACGUUCCGUAACUCCCUUUGAUUAUCUCCAUCACUUUAUUUGCAAGCUCCCUUCUUGCUCCACCCGAUUACCCAAUUCAUUUUCUUCGGUUGUAUCUGCUUCUUCGGAUCUCAUUCUCAGCACCACCCGUGUUAUUGAUUUCUUGGGAUUUGGGCCGUCGACGAUAGCAGCAGCCGCCGUGCUUUGUGCUGCCGGGGAGGGUUUUGAAUUCCCGGCUGAUGAUGCUUUUUUUCACGAGACAGUAAACAAAGAAAUGGUGGGAAGCUGUCACCAACUAAUGGAGGAAUACCUGAUCGACACAUGUCCAUCUGCUCGGCUCAAGGAGCUAAGAGGCGCGCAGCCACCAGCGCCUCCAAGCCCAGUUGGGGUGCUCGACGCGGCUGCUUGCGGCAGCUGUGACACGCGCUCCGAGAACCCCGGCUCCAGCAGCCAAGAAGAGCCGCCAGCCAAGCGGCUAAGAUCCUCUGCUCCGGAUGUACAGCAACCGUAGAUAAGACCCCCCGCCUCCAUCUCUCUCUCUCUCUCUCUCUCUCUCUCUAGAAAAUUGGGGACCCCUUUUUUUGGUCAUAUUUUUAUGUCAUUAAUUAUAAGAUGAACGGUCGGGAUUGGAUAAUAUAAAGUGAAGAGGGAAUUUUGUUAUUUUA